AUGUCCGAUUCGAUAUCUUCGCCACUAAACUACCCGUCAUCCGAGCGGUCUCGGGACCCGCGACCAUCUAGUAGUUUAAGAGAAUCGGUAUCGUCGCCGCUGGAAUACCCCACGUCCGAUGCAUCACGGUACGCUACUCCUGCGGAUCGGUCGCGGCGUGGCGAUCUUCCAUUUUCAACAGGGUCGCGAACAGUUCCAAUGAGCGAGUUUAGCGAGGGCUCUAGUUCAACGGUCCGUGUAAUUUGGGGUACAAAUGUGAAUCUUCGCGACGUUGAAGAAAAGUUUCGGGACUUUUUGCUUAACUUUCGAAUGAGAUACCGAAUGAUUGCUGAUGGAGUCUCAGUCGAAGAGGGUGAUGGUGAGGAGCUUACAUACCAUUCCAUGAUGCUUAGCAUGGUACAUAUGGGUGUGACUAACCUGAACCUUGAUGUGCGCAACCUGGAGGCUUUCCCUGAAGGUCAUAAACUGGCCAAGCAAUUGGUUAAUUAUCCUGGCGAAAUUAUUCCAGUUAUGGAUACCACAAUCAAAGACUGUUUGCUACAAUUAGCAAGAGAUGAGCACUUGCUUUCGCCUGAAGAGAUUACUGCCGAGAUUGAGCCUAAUUUUUACAAGGUUCGACCUUUUAACCUUGGGAAUGAACGAGGAAUGCGUGAUCUCAAUCCAGAUGAUAUCGACAAGUUAAUCAGUAUCAAGGGACUGGUGCUUAGAUCUACUCCUGUGAUCCCCGAUAUGAAGGCUGCGUUUUUCAAGUGCUGUGUAUGCCAAACCACCACUGUAGUAGACGUUGAUCGUGGUGUGAUUCCAGAACCUACUCGAUGCCCUCGUAGAGAGUGCGAAUCUGUAAAUUCCAUGGAGAUUGUUCAUGUCAGAUCUACCUUUGGUGAUAAACAAGUUGUUCGAAUCCAAGAGGCACCCUCGCACGUCCCUGACGGCCAAACCCCUCACUCUCUUUCUGUUCUUGUAUAUGACGAGCUUGUGGAUGUGUGUCGAGCUGGAGACCGCGUGGAAAUGACUGGUAUUUUCCGGUCGGUACCCGUCAGAGUCAACCCACAGCAACGCGUUGUCAAGAGCUUAUACAAGACUUAUGUGGAUGUUUUCCACAUUCAAAAAACCGAUUCUGGACGAGUUGGCGCUGAUGCCAGUACGCUUGAAGCACAGUAUGCGGCAUCCUCAGCAGAUGUGGACGAGAUCCGGACAGCCUCUGUGGACGAUAUUCAGAGAAUGCAUGACUUGUCUCAGCGCCCGGACUUGUACGAACUUUUAGCACGGUCAAUUGCGCCGUCAAUUUUCGAGCACGAUGAUGUGAAGAAGGGAAUAUUGCUACAACUUUUUGGCGGGACCAACAAGACGUUUACCAAGGGAGGAUCGCCGCGGUAUCGUGGCGAUAUCAACGUGCUGCUGUGCGGCGACCCCUCUACGUCCAAAUCACAACUGCUGCAGUACGUACACAAAAUUGCACCACGAGGUAUGUACACAUCGGGAAAAGGAUCCUCUGCAGUUGGUUUGACGGCAUAUGUGACACGCGACCAGGAGUCGAAACAGCUUGUGUUGGAAUCUGGAGCCCUUGUUUUGUCUGACGGUGGUGUGUGCUGCAUUGACGAAUUUGACAAGAUGAAUGACAGCACGCGGUCUGUUCUUCACGAAGUCAUGGAGCAGCAGACAGUGUCUGUUGCCAAAGCUGGGAUUAUUACAACACUAAAUGCUAGAACUUCUAUUCUUGCAUCUGCCAACCCCAUUGGCUCCAAGUAUAACCCGGACUUGAGUGUGGUUCAAAAUAUUGACCUGCCGCCUCCGUUGUUAUCAAGAUUUGACUUGGUGUACUUAAUGCUGGAUAAGGUUGACGAGCGGGCCGACCGGCAGCUAGCUCGACAUUUGGCGUCAAUGUACUUGGACGAUACCCCGGAAAAUGCGUCGCGGUAUGAGGUACUUCCCAUUGAAAAGUUGACCAUGUACAUAUCUUACGCUAAGGAACACAUCCAUCCGCAAUUAACGGGCGCGGCAAAACAAGAGCUUGUGGAUGCGUACGUGGAAAUGCGUAAGAUGGGUGACGACGCACGGUCAUCGGAAAAGCGAAUCACGGCGACGACACGACAACUGGAAUCAUUGAUUCGAUUAUCGGAAGCGCACGCGCGGAUGCAAUUACAUGAGCACGUUCGUGCGGAUGAUGUGCGGGAAGCGGUACGUCUAAUGCGGACGGCCAUCAAGGACUAUGCAACUGAUCCACGGACGGGACGUAUUGACAUGAACAUGGUGCAGACGGGCACAUCUGCGGCGCAGCGGGUGCUGCAAACUACGUUACGGGAAGACGUAUUGCGAGCCAUUGAGGCGGUGGAAAAUAAUGGAUCAGCUCGGUACGCCGAGGUAGUGCGCAAGCUAGGGGAUGCCCAUGCGGAGAGCUUAUCAGCGUUUGAAAUUGCUGAGGCGAUCCGGGGGUUGACCCAAGAGGGUGCGAUUGUUGUUUCCGGAGAUGGGCCACGGCGGAGUAUUCGUAAGACUAAGUAG